AUGCACCUUACUGUUCCAGCUGUAGUUAAGGCAGAGAAUGGAGGAAAUAAACUUGCCAGCAUUUCUGGUAAAGCUCAUUUGUGCCUAUCAUUGUCCAGUGUGCUGGAUGAUAACCAAGAUUUGCUGAAUCAGACAACAUCAAGCUGUCUUUCCCUUUCAGCUUUGUUCACGGUGACAGUCCCCAAGGAAGUGUUCACAGUAGAGUUCGGCAGCAACGUGAGCCUGGAGUGUGAUUUUGACCACAGGGAAUGCACGGGGCUCGAAGAAAUAAGAGUCAGUUUGCAGAAGGUAGAAAAUGAUACCUCUUCGCCAAGUGAGAGAGCCACCCUCCUGGAGGAGGCGCUGCCCCUGGGAAAGGCCUUGUUCCACAUCUCCAGUGUCCAAGUGAAGGAUGCGGGGCAGUACCGCUGUCUGGUCAUCUGCGGGGCCGCCUGGGACUACAAGUACCUGACGGUCAAGGUCAAAGCUUCUUACCAGAAUAUAGACACUAGGAUCCUAGAGGUCCCAGGAACAGGGGAGGUGCAGCUCACCUGCCAGGCUAGAGGUUACCCCCUGGCAGAAGUGUCCUGGCUUAACGUCAGUGUUCCUGCCAACACCAGCCACAUCAGGACCCCUGAAGGCCUCUACCAGGUCACCAGUGUUCUGCACCUAAAGCCACAGCCUGGCAGAAACAUCAGCUGCAUGUUCUGGAAUGCUCACAUGAAGGAGCUUACUUCAGCCAUCAUUGGCCCUCUGGGUUGGACUGAACCUAAGGUCCCCAGAACGUCACCACUUCACGUUGUCAUCCUAUCGUGCAUCGUUGCUUUAAUCUUCCUAGCUGCAGUGAUGGCCCUGAGAAAGAAGCUCUGUGGAAAGCUGUGUUCUAGAAAUAGAUCUGGACCUGUGGUCCUGGGAGUCGGGAUGAUCUGACAGGACAUCCUCAGGAGGCUCUGGACUCUGCGUGAGGACCCCUUGGCCUGCAGAACCUGCCAUUUGCACUUCUCAAAUGCUUUGGAUGAUGACCGAGCACUCCCAUCAGGAGCCUGCAAGGAACAUCUGGUGUUCCCCGCCUCGGUCUCGAGACUCCAUCUGAACAAGUACAACUGCACUUUAGAAACUCAUCCCAGGGGUCCUGGACCCCAGUAAGGGCCUGAGAGCAAAAAGAAUUGUUUUCCCCUGGGUUUCCACAGGGAGAUGUGGAAAUUCCCCAUUAGUAAAACAGAUUGUCAUAGAGUUAUUUAUAUCCAUCAUUUCCUCUGGCGGUUGGAAGCUUCAGACAGGUUUUGUAUAAACACAGUCAUAACUGUUGGGUUUCACAGCUUCCUAGUAUCCUGGCAGCCUCUGAAGUUCUAAUUGACAGGAAGCAGACAAGCACACAUGAAGUACACAACCUUGGGAUAAGGCAUUUGUUUUGACCUUGCUUUUUUAAGGGCUGAGUCACGAGGCAUUUGCUGUAACCUGUAAUGUCCCUAUGUUUCUUGGUGUUCUCUUGUUCAACUACAUCUUUCCCUUAACACAAAGCGUUGUAGGGUUUUGCUGCUGCUGUUGUUGUUUUUCAGUGGUAUCACCUUAAGAAAAAAUGUCAUGUCAGUGUGUUGUGCCUUCGGAGAUUUCAGAUGAGUAGCCGCAAGUUAAGCCAACUUCCCUAGCCUUCUGUGUGAUUUUACAGUGAACCUUCUAGUAGCUCCGUUUCGACAGCUGUAAUGUGGUGCUGUCAUUAGUUAGGGCAUUUGAUGAAGGAAGUCUUUUCUGGAAGUCUUUUCAGGUCUCAUUGUGCUCAGACGACAAAAAGGUGCUAAAUGUGGUCUGUAUGCUGGAACCAUGAAACUCAGUGAAUUUACUGACCUGUGAACUAUCCAAAUGUCACAUUAGCUACUGUGACAGCUGUAGGUUAGUGGACCUGAAGCAAGUGUUUACCCGGUGUUUAGACUGAGCAGAAUCUGGAGUUAAUGAGAUGAAAGGGUGUUAUAUUAUAUCAUAUAAUACUAUAUAUAAAUAUAGUAUAAAAUAUUAUACUAUGUUUUGUCUCAGGACUUUUUACCUUUCUUUCAUUCUGCAUGUCCUACUUUCCUGCUUCCUCUGUGUCCGGCUGCCUGGCUGCCUGGCCUCUGGUGUUCCCCUCUCCUUUCUCCUCCUUUUUCUCCUUCUCUCUCAAGCCUAGAUUCCUCCUCCUCCUUAUUCUCUCUGCCCACCAGUCAUGCCUAUUCCUUUACUGCCUAGCUAUUGGCUGUUCAACUUUUUUUGGGGGGGGGUGUUGUUUUGUUUUUCGAGACAGGGUUUCUAUGUGUAGUUUUGGUGCCUGUCCUACAUCUUGCUCUGCAGACCAGGCUGGCCUCAAACUCACAGAGAUCCACCUGGCUCUGCCUCCCAAGUGCUGGGAUUAAAGGCGUGCGCCACUGCCUCCCGUCUCUGUUCAACUUUUUUUUUUUUUUGGUUUUUCGAGACAGGGUUUCUCUGUGUAGCUUUGCGCCUUUCCUGGAUCUCGCUCUGUAGACCAGGCUGGCCUCGAACUCACAGAGAUCCGCCUGCCUCUGCCUCCCGUGUGCUGGGAUUAAAGGCGUGCGCCACCACCGCCCGGCUUCAACUUUUUAUUAGACCAAUCAGGUGCCUUAGGCAGGCCAGGUGAAACUGUGACACAUCUUUGCAUAAUUAAACAAAUGCAACAUAAAUAAAUGCAACACACCUUUACAUAGUUAAAGUAAUAUUCCACAACAUAGACAAAUGUAACACACCUUUCCAUAGUUAAAGUAAUAUUCCAUAAGGUGCAUCUUAGUCUUUCUUCAUCUGCCUGCACAAAAGAGGGAAUGCUUUUGAAGCACAAACAUGUAACUGUUUAUUGGGAACUUCUGAGGUGUCAUUUGCAGCAAGGUGGGUCUCUCACUGCUUCCAUGCCAUGGCCUAAGAUUCCCAUUGGGGAAGCAGACCCUCCCAGUACCAGAGAGCAGUGCAGACAGAAAAGUAGUUCUGGGUAUAGACCUACUUAUGCUAGACCCCACCUCUCAGGUGCAUGAUUGGCAGGCCGAAUCCUGAUUGCCAGUCAAUGUUGAGUGGUUUGUUUGCUUUAUUAGGAAUCAGUGGCAAAAUGGAUUCUGACAAAAUAUUGCCAUCUGUGGCCCUUGCUGGGGCUGUUUUUCUAGGAUAUCAAAUAGAGAAAGGGCCGUCUAGAUCCAAUAUCCUCAAAUCCUAAGAGCAGACUAUAAGGUCCAGUGUGUUAACUGUUUUACACUGUGACCUCUCACAUUAACCCCUAGCAUUUACCAAAUAGUUACUACAUGCUUGAUACUGUUAAGCAUUUUCUACACACCAUUGAAGUGACUCCUCUCCAAAUCCUCUAAAAGGGGCACUAUUAAUGACUUCAUGUCACACACAAGGAGCCCAGAGCCCAGAGAGGUUAGACGAUCUGGCCAGGGCUUCUACAUUGUUUAGAAGGAAGUGAGCAAGGACAUCAGACCCAUAUUUAUUACAGCCUUUAAUGUGCUCUGGCUUCCCUGGAUGGGACUUCAAGGUGGACUUCUGCCACUUGCAUAUGCCCAGUGGUAUUUUGACUGGUCAAGGACUAAUUUCACGCUCACUCUUCCUGGGGAGAUUCAAGAGAUGUGGAGGGGAAGUACAGGUUUGGGGCCCAAGAUUCAAACUCUAGCUUAACUAUGUAAGCCUUUAGAUCCACCAGAUGACCUCCUUAAGCAUUAAUUCACCUAUCUGAAAAAUUCGUAGUAAAAGAACAGUGCUUAUCACUGUCCUGUAUCAGGCACUAUUAUGUGCUGUGUGCAAUGAGUACUUGAUAAAUAUGUGUCAGUGUGAAUCCCCCAAAAUACCAGCCACUGUCCCCACAGCAAAGGCAGCACAGCAUUCAGGCAUUAUUAGCUGAUCUAUCAGCAGGUCAGCAUUCAGGCAUUAUCAGCUGACUUAUCAGCAAGCACAGCAUUCAGGCAUUAUUAGCAGCACAGCAUUAAGGCAUUAUCAGCCAAUUUAUCAACAGCAGAUUUCUCCUAGUCCCAUUCCUAAAGAAACUUCCAGCCUAAAUAUGUUGCACGGGCUUUCAGUCCAGAAGCUCCUAUGCAGGCCUCAACUUUAGCACAGUCAAAGUGCUCACUGGUCCCGGUGUGUCUUACACAGGCCCCUCCACCCACAGUGUCUCAUUUCUGGAACCUCAAGCCUUCCUGGAAAAAGUCUGUCCAUGAUUUAAUCAUUAGCUGACCUAGGAGAUAUACUCCUUUUAAUCUUCCUCCAACAUUGUCACCUGACUUUCCUUAGAGCACAA